UUGCUUUUAACCAAUGGAUCAACGUCUACCGAUUGUGCAGUAGAAGCAUUGAACGCAAUAUAUGAUACAUAUAGUGGACCAGUCUUUAUAGACGGAGGUUACCUUGAAGUUUCAAAAGGAUUGGUUAAAAUUGUUAGCAAAAUGAUAAGCGAUCAAAGACUUCGUGCGGAUGAGGCUUAUGAGAAUCUGAUCGCUUCAUAA